AUGUCUACAUUGAGUACAAAGUAUGUGCCUCACCGACUCAGACCUGAAAAUAUUAUUAAAACUGAGGCAAGAGAGGCAACACUUCCAUCAAAUCAAGAACAUUUAAAGGUUGCUCUCUAUGCUAGUUCAGUCUGUGUUGGAGAACCAGAAAGAACACCAGCAAAUUUUGAUACAACAAAGGGAGAUGAUUUUGAUAAAACUGGAAAGGAAUUGAUGAGGACUGCAUUAGAAAGAAAGGAAGUUGUAGAUCUGGAAAAACUUAAUAGUGAAGCUUAUUUGCAUGAUUUGAGAGGUGUUCAUUUUGAUGUUGGUCACGAACCUCAUAAACCACACUUGAAAACACUUGCUCAAGCCUCAUUUACAAAACCAUCGGAUGCUGUGCUCAAUGAAAAUAAGAAGAAUAUCAUUACAAGUGAGCAAGGAUAUAUUAUUGGAAAAUCAUCAAUUGUGAAACAUAUUCCAGAGGAUUGGAAGAAUUGUCUCAAAACUAAUGUUCAAGAUGAUUUUGUCACUCCAUCCGAACAAAUGGAAAAGAAUUUGGAACUAGGAAAGCAAUCCGUUCCUAGAAGUAGACCAAUAAGAGAGCAAUCCUCUGUUCUUUCCACAAAGACAAUUCCUUCAGAACAAUCUAUUCAUGAUAUCAGACAAGAAAAUGAAGCUGAUGCUGAUAGAAUUAUUGAAGAUAUGAGAACUUGUCACUAUUGCAAUAAUAAGGACAAGGAGCUUGCCAAAGAUACCGAGUUUAAUUCAAAUUAUGGAGAGAAGAAUAUGAAUGAUCUCCGAUAUACAUUUACAGUAAAGAAGAAUGAGAGUAAGGUAGUGAUGGGAUAUGAUCCUCAGGAAGAAAUUGAAAACAAGUACAAUACUACAUACAAGAAUACCAUUCAUCAAACAACCAAUUCCAUUAGUCACUCUGUAGAAAGAUCCAAGAUGGAAAAGAAGAAACGUGAUGACAUUCGUGACUUUAUGAGAAAGAGUUCAAUAGAAUUUGGAAAUGAGAAACCUCCAAUCUCUUCCACCACUCAACUCGAUUAUAGACCUGUAAAGUUUUAA